AUGCUUUCAUCUUACAAACAUGAAAACAUUGUCUCUUUGUUAGGAUGUGACGAUUUAGGCGAGAAGAUACUUGUGUACGAGUAUGCAUCUAAGAAAAGCCUCGACUUGUAUCUUAAUAAAGGUGAGUUAACAUGGAUUAGACGCCUUCAGAUAUGUCUGGGAGCAGCUCGUGGAUUGGCGUGCCUUCAUAACGCAGAGGGGACUUAUCAAAGAGUAUUGCACCGUGAUAUCAAGAGUUCCAACAUCCUGUUGGAUGAAAGCUGGAAAGCCAAGAUAUCUGAUUUUGGACUUUCCAAAUUUGGUUCUACUAAUCAAGAGAACUCAUUUUGUAUCUCUCACGCUGUAGGCACCCCCGGAUAUUGUGACCCAGCAUAUGCCGAGACAGGCUUAUUAACAAAAGAGUCGGAUGUGUAUUCAUUUGGAGUAGUGUUGUUUGAAGUAUUGGUUGGGAGGUUAUGUUUUCAAAACAACGAUAAGCAUCCAUCUUUAGCAAGAUUGGCGCGAAACUCCUUUGAACAAAACACGUUGAGUGACAUUGUUUUUGUGAGUAUAAAGGAUGAAAUAAAUCCUAGUUCUUUAAGAGUAUUUGGCAGAAUAGCUUAUCAAUGUUUGAAUAAAGAUGGCGAAUUACGUCCAUCAAUGUUUGAGACUGUGAGGGCACUUGAAACUGCACUUAGAUGUCAAAUUGGUCAAAAUGGUGAUCUUCAUUCACAAGGGGUUUAA